CUCAAAUCUCUCUCCUUCACAAUUGACUCGGAAAAAGUUUGGAAUCAUCAUAAUUACUUUCCGCUUCACUAUUUGAAACGUAUUCAAAUUCUUCCUUCGAUCCUCAUGGCCGACCAACAGCAAGCUUCCUCUUCAUUCAAGGUUUACGCCAGAUGGCGACCUUUAACUGCGAUUGAAUCAUCUACUGCCGGAUUCGAAAGAAACACAAUUGAAAGCGAGACCAAUUCCUCGAUAUCAAUUUCCUCACAUGUCAACACAAACCGUACUCGCACGUGGAAGAGCGACGCCUCCUUUACCAAAGUAUUUCCGGAGACAGCAGCCAACAGCGACAUAUUCGCAGGAGUAGUCGCACCAACGGUACCUCGAGUGAUGCAAGGAGCUACUUGCAACCUGUUUGCCUACGGACAUUCAGGGAGUGGGAAGACGCACACGAUCAUUGGGUACAACUACGACGACAGCAAUCAACUUGGAUUAUGCUUGGGCGCGGCUCGACGCUUGUUCGAAGCUCUCGAUCAAGUAAGAACGCAGCCGGUUGAAGAAACGCGUGAGAGGGAAGACUUGGGUGUCGCGGUUCGGCUCUACGAAGUUCGAGGGAAACACGCCUACGACCUAUUGAACAACAACAUCGAAUGCUACAUCCGCGAAGGACCCGACGGCCAGACACAUGUUCGCGGGCAAACAGAGACUCUAGAAGAUGGAAAAGUAAGGGUUCGGCCUAUCGUGGCACGACCGUGCUGGUGCUACGAAGAAGUCCAGGAAGCCGUCCGUACUGGCCUGAAGGGAAGGACGACGGGGUCUUCUUCCAUACACGAUGAAAGCUCGAGAACCCACGCUGUCAUCGAGCUCGAAGUCGUCACUAGAAGGCUGAUGGACGCGCGCGAAGAAGUCACGGCACGAGAAUCCGAACUCGUCCCCGUCGGUAAACGGGCGACAGAUGUGUACAUCGAGGAACAAAGCAAGUCAAUCAUCAAGACGCCCGAGGGAAAAUACAUACCCAACCCCGGCCACCCUGUCAACCAAGCCAUCAUCGACGCAGCUGAGGCCGAGAAAGCAGAAUAUGAGAAUCGUCUCCGGAUGGCGGAAGACUCUGUCAAAGCAUGCUUCGACAGCCCCCAGAACGCCUGCCUGGGCGGCAAAUUCAUCUUCGUAGACCUCGCUGGCUCUGAGUACUUCGACGCCGCAACUUCUACAUCAACCAGCCGCCCGAAGCAAACGACGCAGGAACAGCGACAGGGACGCCAGAUCAACACCGAUCUGUUCGCGCUGAAGGAAGUCAUCCGCGCGAAGGCUUCCAAGCAGUCCCGUAUACCGUUCCGUGCCUCGCCGCUGACGAUGAUCCUGCGAAGUCACUUCCUAGCGGAGGAAAGGGAGGGGCAGUCGGCGAUGAUACUCACGCUUUCGCCGGAGGAGGAGCAGUUCGUGGCGACGUUGAAUACGCUGAAGUAUGGGAAUUUGGUUGGGGAGGCGGGGAGGAGGUAGGCGGCAUGAUCGCUUGAGGGAGGAUUGAUGGAUGAUGCAGGGACCUGUGAGACUUUGUUGUCUGCGUAUUCGAUCGGAUCUUCUUCGUGGCACUGGUGAGUGCGAGGCGUGGCAACACGUUCACGACAUCUAAGUGUUUCUAGCUAAGCCCGUAGCAUUAUCUAUCAUCUUCGC